AUGACAAAUAACUUUGAAAAAGCUCUCGGUGAAGGGGGAUUUGGAAUCGUGUAUCAUGGUUGUGUUAAUGGUAACCAACAAGUGGCUGUUAAAUUGCUAUCUCAAUCAUCGUCUCAAGGCUAUAAGCAUUUUAAGGCAGAGGUCGAACUGCUUAUGAGAGUGCACCAUAUAAAUUUGGUGAGUCUUGUUGGGUAUUGUGAUGAAGCAGAAAACUUAGCCCUCAUCUACGAGUACAUGACAAACGGAGACUUAAAGCAACAGUUGUCAGGAAGCCGUGAGGGAUUCGUUCUGAGCUGGGAAAGUAGACUGAGAAUAGCUGUUGAUGCAGCACUAGGGUUGGAGUACUUACACACUGGAUGCAAACCACCAAUCGUUCAUAGAGAUAUAAAAACUACAAACAUACUUUUGGACCAAAAUUUUCAAGCCAAAAUAGCCGAUUUUGGGCUUUCAAGAUCUUUUCCCACCGGAAAUGAAACAUAUGUGUCAACAGUUGUUGCUGGCACUCCUGGAUAUCUUGAUCCGGAGUAUUAUCAAACAAACUGGUUGACAGAAAAGCCUCACUUAGGGGUUGUGUUAUUGGAGAUCAUUACAAACCAACCCAUAAUUCAGCAAUCCCGUGAAAAGCCUCACUUAGUAGAAUGGAUCAGCUCUAUAAUAACAAAAGGAGAUAUUAAAAAACUUAUGGAUCCAAAUCUCCACCAAAAUUAUGACACUGGUUCUGUCUGGAAGGCCAUUGAAGUAGCAAUGUCAUGUGUGAGUCUUUCUUCCACAUGA